AUGUCGCACCAAAUUUCAAUCAAUCCUUUCAUUACCUUUAUGAUCAAAGAAAAUACAAGUCGUAUAAUGGCGCAAACAAUAUCUAAUAGUAGCUGGCCGUGUCGGAAAGAAACCCUCCUCUUUAAGGACAUCCGGAGAACAAUAUACCAAUGCCAGAUUGUUCAUCAUUACGUCGACAAAUUAAGGGCAAGAAAAUUCAGUGUACGGUCUUUACAUUAUCGUUUUGGACUGAGAGACAGAAAUUUAAUGUUGAAAAAUAUAAGCGUCAGAACCUUACAUCAGUGCAGAUUUUAUUACAAAGAAAAUAUGGAAAUUAGCACAUGCUCGAAGGCAGUUGAUUAUGUCCAGAAAGAGUUAAGCAGGAAUAUUUUUUCACUAAUUGGCAAAGAAGGCAACAUGAAUCAGAAAACUUCACACUCAAUCUCUGCGUGCAAACCCGAUAACAAGGCUCUUAGCAGUCAAAAAUUUAAUAUUAAUAUGGAUUCGACACCUACAUCACUUGACUCAGCUCACAUUCAACCUUUGAUAACAAACUCUUCGUCACUAUUAUCAACACGAAAAGAACGAUCAGACCAUCUGGCAUAUGACUUUUCGACACAGCCUUAUGAAGACAACAAAAACCUGCAAAAUUCGACCAAUUACAAGCACAUAGAUAAUAUUAUGCAGUCAAAGACUACAGGAAAAGUAACUGCCACAAAUUUAUUACACACAAGUUGUGAGAACUACCAGAAAAACGCGGUAGACAAGACAGAAAAUCUCAAUAAACAACUGCCAUCAGCUUCAAAGCUUUCCAACUCUUUGAAUAGCUGGGAGCUACAGAGCCAUCAAGUAGAUAACUCAACCAAUACGCACAUAUUUAUAUCGCAUGCAGAAGAAUCACUCAACCAUUCGCUCGAAUAUCAAAGCUCUAACGUAACGCCUCAGAAGAAUGCUACGAGUGGAUCUAAGCUACAGAAUAAUAUUGAAUCAGAAACAAUUCAUGUCUUGGGAAUGGGGCCAGCAGGUCAGUUUAUUGCUCACAGCAUUGCUCGUCUCGAGCACGCUCCGCCUGUUGUGCUUCUAAUGCACCGUCCAUUACAAAUUCAGCUAUGGCACGACGAAGGAGCUGCAAUUCGAAUCUACAGGGGCGGUAAAAUUUUCUCAGAAUCAAACUUUCAUGUCGAGUCUUCCGCCAACUUUAGACGAACCAGUCCGGAGCAGAAUUUUGUCGGCUUUGGGGAAAAUCUCGAACACACAUCGGAACCUCCAAUCUACGCUAUAGAUACUCUUAUUGUUGCGACCCCUGCUUCCGCAACAGUCUCAGCACUACUCUCCGUUCAGCACCGAAUACGCCCGACCACAACAAUUUGCCUUAUUCAGGACGGCAUGGGGAUGAUCCACAAGAUUAAUAGAAUUGUUUUUCCGGAUGCAGAGAAAAGACCGAUAUAUGUCCUUGGGUACAUGAGACACGAUCUUGGACCUACCGACAACUUCUUUUCGCAUUUCGAAAGAAGUCCGUCUAAACUUUACUGUUCCAAGAUGCCGAGAAUUAGUUUGACGGAACUUCAAAAUGGUGCAACUAUUGAGCGAGUUGAUUUCAGUUGGUCACCCCAGGCUAGGCAUCUUGUGGGGACACUUCUUAGAACACCUGAGCUUAAUACUGCAGCACUGGGCCACAAGGAUUUCCACAAAAGACAGCUUUCUAGACUAGUUGUCAGCGCUGUAAUAGAGCCUCUUGCCGUCGCUUUCGACUGUGUCAAUGGCCAGCUUUUGGAAAACUUUGGUGUAGCAAAUAUAAUGAGGGGUCUGAUUCAAGAAAUCUCAGUACUCAUUCCCGUUCUUCCUGAACUCCGAAAUAUUAAAAAUGUUCAGCGAGACUUUAGUCCUGAACGCCUGGAAAAAAAAAUUCUGAACCGUAUUCAAAAGAGUGAUGUCAUGGUAUCGUCCAUGCUUGCAGCUAUAAGACAGGGGCUCGGGAACUAA